UCCAGACACCCGCAGCCACUCCUUCCCCCAGCUGCAACAAUGGCUUCCGCAGAUGCCAUUGGCAUCCACGACCAAACGAACCUUCUGCCGAAACGUGAAUUGGUCAUUGUUUUUGUGGCUCUUGCCUUCGGUCUCCUUGUUACAUUUAUUGACCAGAACUCUAUCGCCAUUGCUUUGCCAACCAUUGGGCGAGAGCUAGACUGUACUUCAACAGUGGAAUGGGCGGGUACUUCAUCGUUGAUUGCCAACACAGCUUUUCAGGUCCUGUACGGCCGCUUCUCAGAUAUAUUUGGCCGUAAAGUCAUCAUCAUCGCCUGCCUGCUUCUUCUCGCCGUAGGAGACCUCCUCUGUGGCUUUGCUCAAACCGGGCCUCAGCUGUACGCGUUUCGGGGCAUUGCAGGGAUGGCGAACGGUGGCAUCAUGGCCUUGUCUAUGAUGAUAGUAUCAGAUGUCGUUACUUUGGAGGAGCGUGGAAAGUAUCAGGGCAUUAUUGGGUCCUGCGUUGGAUUAGGUAACACUAUCGGGCCAUUCAUAGCGGCUGGCUUCACCCAGCAUACAUCGUGGAGGGACACCUUCUAUUUGCUCUGCCCGCUUUCGGUCCUUGCUGCCGCCGUGCUGUUCUUUAGACUCCCUCCCCAGAAUAUGCCCAAGGAAGACUUCCGCGUGACGGUGGCGAAGGUCGACUGGGCGGGCAUUAUUCUCGCUUCCGGCGGCACUGUCCUACUACUGAUCCCCGUGUCCGGUAUUGGGUCCCAAUUCCAUCCUGACAGCCCAAUGGUCAUAUCUAUGCUAACUCUUGGCGGCUUCUUUCUCGUGGCGUUCAUAUUCAACGAAUGGAAGGUGGCCAAAUUGCCCAUGAUACCUCUUCGUCUAUUCAAAAACGCUCCUCUAGCAGCUAUGUUAGUGCAGAACUUUCUCAUUGGCAUUGUUUGGUACCCGGUUCUCUACUUCAUUCCUGUAUACUAUCAGUCAGCCAGACAAUUGUCUCUCAUGACCUCCGCUGCGCUGCUACUUCCGAUAGUGAUCGGACUCACGAUAUCUUCUACGUCCUCCGGCUUCUACAUUUCACGGAUGAACCGCUAUGGGGAAGUCAUCUGGACUGGAUUCUUCCUAUGGACUCUCAUGGCAGGAUUGCAUCUACUCUUCGGCCGCGAUACACCCAUUGCAACAAUCACCUUCAUCCUAUUCCUGGAAGGCAUGGGCGUAGGAUGCGUUUUCCAGCCGAUCCUGAUUGCUGCGCAAGCUCAUUCGACGAAGUCCGAUCGCGCGGUAGUAAUCUCGGCUCGGAAUUUCAUUCGCUCACUAGGCGGAGCCGUUGGUCUAGCCAUAUCUUCGGCCAUCUUCUCCAAUUCCCUGCAGUCACACUUGCCGCCACACCUACCAAGGCCUGUACUAGACGCUGUACACAAAUCCACUUUCGCGACGCCGAACCUCACGAAACUAGACUCCGCAACGCAUGACCACAUUCUCGAUGCGUACGCUUCGGCUUCGAGAAGUGUGUUCAUCAUGUGGGUGGCGGGCAUUGGUGGAUGUCUCAUGCUGAUGGUUUUCAUUAAAGACAAGGGUCUACAGCGCAAAGAAGAAAGAGUCGAUACAAAUAUCGAGGUGGGCGAGACAACAACGGACACGGACGAGAAAAACACUAUUUCGGGCGGGAACGGUGCAAAUAUUAAAGUUUAA